AUGUCCAGCGGCGGAUCCAAAGACGCCUCGGACCUUCUACCGGGUCAAAAUCUGGCUCAUAUACUCCCUCCGAGCUGGCGAUCGGAGGUACAGAGAUGGUUUGAUGAGGAUACUCCUUCGUUUGACUGGGCUGGAUUCGUCGUUGGCGAAGAGGAACAAGAGGCGAUUCUAUGGGGGAAAAGUGGAGGUGUUUUAGCGGGAGUGCCCUUCUUUGACGAAGUCUUCAAAUAUGCCGGAUGCACAGUCGAAUGGAUUUUGCAAGAGGGAUCUGCGAUCCCUCCUGAUUCAAAGACCAAAGUCGCCAUCGUUCGAGGUCAAGCACGCCAAUUGCUAUUGGGUGAACGAGUUGCUUUGAAUACCUUGUCAAGAUGUUCAGGUAUAGCAACGGUAUCUAGACGGUUCAGGGAUUUGGCUAGAGAGGCGGGAUGGAAAGGCACCAUUGCGGGGACACGCAAGACGACCCCCGGCUUCAGGCUCGUCGAGAAAUACGGGAUGAUGGUCGGCGGGGUGGAUCCUCAUCGACACGAUCUGAGCAGUAUGGUGAUGCUGAAGGACAAUCACAUCUGGGCGACCGGAUCAAUCACUUCCGCCAUUCAUUCAGUUCGCCGAGUCGCCGGUUUCUCUCUCUUGAUCAAUGUGGAAUGUCAGAACCUCGACGAAGCCCGCGAGGCGAUCGAAGCGGGAGGCAACAUUAUCAUGCUUGAUAACCUUGUCGGCGAUGAGCUUCACGACACGGCCAAGACGCUGAAAGAUCAAUUCAAAGGGAAGAGAGAGUUCUUGAUUGAGGCUAGCGGAGGGAUUACGGAGAAUGGUCUGUCAGGAAGAAUCGGACCGAAUAUAGACAUUCUGUCGACAUCUGCCGUUCAUCAAGGCUGUCCUCACGUCGAUUUCUCCCUCAAGAUCCAGCCGAAGAAGAGAUCUUAG